AUGCGUUUUGCACGAAAACUCUCGACCCGUGUUUGGAGUGCUACUGAAUAUGGAAACCCCUCAAAAGUACUGUCAUUGAGAGAAGUCGAGAUUCCCACUACACCGCUGAUCAAAUGUGACAAUAGCCACGUGACUGUGAAAGUAAACGCCGUAUCGUUGAAUCCGAUCGAUCACUGGAUGGUCAACGGGCGCGGAAAGAAUCUCCGAGAGAUUUGGGAGAAGCUCGGCAAUACGUUUGGGCUCUCUACGCACGACGCAUCUGUCGGCGUCAUCCCUGGUCGAGAUUUCCAUGCGACUGUGAUGAAAGAUGGAGAAAGAUUCAAAAAAGGCGAUCAUGUUGUCGGUGUCAGACAUCCUUUCGACUCGGGCUCCUUGCAGGAGAGAAUGGUCUUGAAUGAAAAGGCACUCUUUCCGGAGAAUGGGCAGCUUUCACCCGAGGAGAAUGCCUGUCUUCCGUUCGUCACUUCUACUAUCAUGUCGUCUCUUGGGAUAAGCGGUGGAAUAUCACUUUUCGGAUGUCCUACUGUGAAAACGCUUGCUGACGUAAAUACGAAAAAAAUCCUGAUAGUUGGUGCUACAGGAGGGCUUGGGACCGUCCUAACACAGCUCUUGCUUCAAGACGGGGCGACAGUUGACGUAAUCGGCGGAAGAGAAGUAUGGAAAAUCGAGAACGCGGGGAAAGUCUUGGAUUAUCACGAUGAAGAGUAUAGGAAGAGAUUGGUGGACGACGACUAUGAUUUUGUAUUCGACUGCGCGGAUGGAAAAGCCCACGAAUGGGUGGGUCGCUUUAUGAAGCACGAGAAGUCAACUUUAAUCAGCUACUCCUCGCCACUCCUACAAAUGCUCGGUUCAAUGUCGGCGAUGAGUGUUCCCGAGUUCAUCCUUGUCCACCAAAAAGUUCAGUCCGAUCUGAGAAAAGAAGCGGGCGCCGGCGCCGAAUUCCGCUUUGGCUUUUUCUCCGAAAGACAAGCUUAUUUUGAGCAAAUUUCUAAAAUUUAUUUCAAACCGACUAUUUCGAAAGUUUUUGAUUUUGAAAGUGUUCCGGAGGCUUUUGAAAGUAUGGUCUCAGAAUCGCACUUUGGAAAAAUUGUCAUAAGACUUUAA